AUGGCUGGUACAAUAACAAAUGAAACUUAUUUUUAUAAGUGUUUAACAAAUCCAAAUGUACAGAUGAUGAUGUCUUUUUAUUUAGAAACUCCAGAGGUAGUACAUUAUGAAAUAGAAAUUAAAUUAUUGAAAAUUCUUAAAGAAAGUAAAAAAAGUGUUAUAAGAUUAAUUGAUAUUCCAAAUUAUGUUAUGAAAUGUUUAGAUAUAUCAUUUCCUUUUAAAGAAUUUAUUUUUAAUAAUGAACAAAGAUAUUGGAUAUAUUAUUUACAAAGAUUAAUUAUAGAUGAAUAUAUUUAUGGUUUAGGAGAUUUGUACUUUAUAGAUGGUUUUCAUAUAUUUGAUAAUUUUUUAAUUCCAAGUAACAAUUUUAAUGAAAAAGACACUAUUAAUCAGAUUAAUAUAAUAAAUGGGGAGGAAAAUAAUGAUAGCGAUAUCAAUUUUUUUUCAAACGUUAUUAACACAGAGGAUGAAGGUGAAAAAAAAAUAAACGAAGUAGAAAGUUGGUAUCAAGUUAUUGAUUCAUUAUAUUCUAAAAAAUUAUCCAAUAAAUUUUGUCCGACCAAGACAAUAUUUGACAAAUAUUUAGAGGAAAAUAAAGCUCGGCGUAACAAUGAUUUGAUAAAUCAACUAAAUAUCAUAUGUAAAUACAAUGAUAAAGAAAACGGGGUUAAUAUAUGUGGUGGAAGUUUAAAUAUAGCUAGUAAUAUCAAUGGUACUCCUCUAACACCUGAUUACCAUUUAUAUGAAAAUAGUUUAAAAGAAAAUGAAAAACAACUCCAAUUGGUUUUUAGUUAUUCUAUGUUAUAUCCAUUGUUAUAA